AAUAAUAGUAAUAAUAGUAAUAAUAAUCUGUCUACUGCAAAUCUACAAUGGCCAGAAUAAGAAACAAAAAACCACGAUCAGACAAAACAGACUCGGAAGCCAAUCAAUCGUCUGCCGACAAUCCCAUUGACCUUACAUCACCAGAACAUGGUCCAGAAAUAACAAAUGAAGAGGAUUUUAUUUCAUUAGAGCUUGGUGAUCCACGUAGUAGACAAGAAAAGCGUUUUCUGGAAAGAAGUAAACGCAAGAGAGAAGAUAUGGAACAGAGCCAAGAUGACCCGGAGAUUGAUGACUCGCUCUACCCAUGGAUGGAAUCUAUGCGAAAUACCUGCUUACAGCCCAAUAUCACUGCACAUCAAUUAUAUGAACGUGAAUUGAACUGCCUUUUGCAGUACCUUGAACCUACUGAUGUAGAGGUCCAGAUGCGCCGGUUCUUGGUUCAUAGAAUUCAAAAAGUAAUAGAGAAAACGGUAUCAAAGGAUGCAAAAGUUGAAGUGUUUGGAAGCUUUGCUACCAACCUCUUUUUGCCUGACAGUGAUAUUGAUCUUGUAGUCAUAUCAUCCAAGCACAUAAUGCUCAGAAAACUAGGAAUGGCAUUAGAUGUAGCAGGUCUAUGUAAAGAUCUUAAGAUCAUUUCAAAGGCAACAGUCCCAGUUAUUAAAUUUGAAGAUUCUUUGACUGGACUCAAAGUAGAUAUCAUAUUGGACUCCACUACAGGCAUCCACAGUGCAGAGGUCAUUGGAGAUAUGAUGAGAGCCGCACCAGCUCUGCGCCCAUUGACGAUGUUGAUCAAACUAUUCCUGGCCUCACGCUCACUGAAUGAGGUGUUUACUGGAGGACUUGGAGGAUAUGCCAUUGUUUGUUUGGUUAUGAGUUUUCUACAGAAUCAUCCAAAAAUUCAAUCUGGUUCAAUUGUACCAGAACGCAAUUUAGCAACUCUCCUGUUAGACUUUUUCCAACUCUAUGGAUUUGGAUUCAAUAUGCGGUUGACUGGAGUUUGUGUUGAAGGACAAGGAUCAUAUCAUUACAAGAAUAUAAGUGUUAGUAGAACUGGUAAUCCUGUAUUCAACAUUAUGGAUCCUCGAGACAGAGGUAAUGAUAUUGGAUCCAAGUCGUACAAUGCGAUGACAAUCGUUCGAUGUUUCCGAGCUGCGUACCUGACCCUGACCAGCAAUAUCUACAAAAAACAAGAGCUGCUCGACCAUCUGGACAGAACUCAUCCGUCGUUUAAAGAGCGUGUGUGUGAAUCAUCGAUUCUUGCGCCGACCUUCUUUGUACUCGACACAACUGCUCAGCAGAGACGGUUCCUUCAAUCGGUGUACAGAUUAGGACGGUGGAAGAAUGAAGAGGCUGCCAAAACUUUCAAAUUCGAAAACUAUAACAAAAAAUAAACCACACCACACCACACCACACCAC